AUGUCUUUCAGAAGUAACCCUCUUUUUCAAACUGAACUUACCAGUUGGUGUAGUGAGGUAGGGAUUGCCCCAAGUCAUGCGCUGCUGCUGACUGGAGUACCAGCAACUACUGAAGUGGCAAAAAUCGAGGAAGCAGCUCAGAGUGUAAAAUCCUUUGGAAGAGUGCGUGUUCGAGAUACCAGGCAUGGACUCAACUCAACUACUCUGUUAGUGUUAUGCGAGAGUAGAGAAGUCGUUGACGCCACACACUGUCCUACCCAACUGCUGCAUGGUGAUGGUGAGGAGGCCUGGGAGAUUGUUGUUUCCACUGAAACUGACUCACGACCUGCCGCCCCUGUAGAAUUCACCAAUAAGCUGUCAAAAUUUCUCAUGGAUGAGGGAAAGUCUAUGACUGACUUAGAAGCUCUGUUUCCUUCCCUUGGUUCCAAUACCAGUUCCCCUGAGUCAAUUAUUCGUGCUGUGGGUGAGAUCCUAGAGAAAGCAGUGAGACCACAAAGUGACAGCAAUGCUUACCGUCGUUUACGUACCUUCUUGGGCACUGUUCACACCCCCGCAGGAGAGGAAACCAUGGAACAUUGGAUCGAGCAGGCCAGAAUAAUGAUAACAGAUUGUGACUGCUCUGAGAAAGAAAAACGUCAGAUUAUUGUAGAAAGUUUGAAGGGACCAGCACUCGAAAUCAUAAAAGCUGUUUGUCUUUCUAGUCUGGAUACCAGUGCCCUGCAGUACCUGGAAGCCCUGGAAAGCACAUUUGGAUCCUCCGAGUCUGGAGAAGACUUGUAUUUUGCUUUUCGACUACUAUGCCAGUCUCCUGGAGAAUCCUUAUCUGAUUUCUUGAGACGGAUGGAGAAAUCUCUGGCCAAAGUUGUUCAAAGAGGAGGUUUGUCUUCGGCCAAUGUUGACAGAGCAAGAGUAGAACAGCUGAUCCGAGGAGACGUUGAAUCAGACAUGAUGCUCCUGCAGUUGCGACUAAGGGAGAGAAAAAAGCGACCACCUACUUUCUUGAACUUACUAAAUGAAAUACGUGAGAGGACGGACACAUUGCUAUGA